AUGGGUGAGUACAGGCAGGUGGAAAUCCUUGAUUGGAAGACAAAGAAACAGCUAUGCUUCCUAGAUAAGGUGGAACCAAAUGCCACAAUUAGGGAGAUCAGAUUGAUGUUCCAUAAAUUAUAUCCUCGGUGGUAUCCAGCCAGGCAGUCGAUAAAACUUGAUCCAAAAGGAAAGUCCCUGAGGGAUGAGGAAAUCCUGCAGCACCUCCCUGUUGGCACAACCGCUACCUUAUACUUUAAAGAUUUAGGGCCACAGAUAGGAUGGACUACGGUAUUUUUGAUAGAAUAUACAGGUCCAUUGUUCAUCUAUUUUCUGUUUUAUUUCCGCAUGCCUUUUGUCUAUGGACUGGAUGAGAGGUUUACAUCAAGCCCGCAUCCAGUAGUUAACUUGGCAUGUAUCUGCCAUUCUUUCCACUACAUCAAAAGGUUGAUUGAAACAGUAUUUGUUCAUCGGUUCUCCCAUGGGACUAUGCCACUGAGGAAUAUUGUGAAGAACUGCUUGUAUUACUGGGGAUUUGCAGCUUGGCUUGCUUAUUACAUCAAUCAUCCUCUUUAUACUCCUCCUUCUUAUGGGAAAAAACAGAUAAACUUUGCUGUGAUCAUGUUUCUGCUGUGUGAAGCUGGAAAUUUUUCCAUUCAUGUUGCACUCAGUGACCUCCGGAGAAAUGGAUCCAAAACCCGUAAGAUCCCAUAUCCAACAAAGAAUCCUUUCACAUGGCUGUUUUUCUUUGUAUCUUGCCCUAACUAUACAUAUGAGGUGGGGACCUGGAUCAGUUUCACUAUCAUGACUCAGUGUGUUCCAGUGGGGCUGUUCACCUUGCUUUGUUUCAUUCAGAUGACAAUCUGGGCAAAGGAUAAACACUGCACCUACCUACGAGAAUUCAAGGAUUAUCCAAGUCUUCGAAUGCCAAUUAUUCCCUUUUUGUUGUAAGACAAAAGGCUUAAUUUGAAUAUUGCACAGAACAUCUAGAAGAAAACCUCAUAAACCUCCUGCCAAAUAAUUGAAUUAAUUUAAA